AUGUGCACAUUCGCACCCGGCUAUUCUCAAUACGAGACCAAAUCCAACACGAUGCCUGUUAACACAAAAGGACGUGGCGUAUUGCCAGUGACUGCCGCACAGACCAAGAAACCUCCUAAACAACAGCAACCUCGUCCACCAGCACCCAGAUUGCGACUCAUCAUCAGACGGCUACCUCCUGGUCUUACGGAAACCGAAUUUUGGAACUGCAUAGGAGUCGACUGGCAAGUUGGAAAAGGCAAGGUUGACUGGGCCGCCUAUAAAGCAGGGAAGAUCUCGAAAGACCUUGCUAAACCUUCACGACCCGCUCGAGCAUAUCUGAAGGUCAAGGAUCCUUCCUACCUUGAUCAGCUAUCCACCCAACUCCGAAUUGUCAACUUUCACGACGCGAAGAACUCUGUCGGAGACCCUUGUCUGAUCGGCCCGCCAUCGUUGGAGUUCGCCCCGUACAACAAGAUACCAAGCACUAGGCUCAGGCACGACGGACGCCAGGGCACUAUCGACCAAGAUCCCGAAUUCAUAGAUUUUCUGCAGUCUCUGACAGAACCUAUCACAAAGUCUGCAGCUAACGAAGAGUCCCUGGAGGCUAGGCAAGAAAAGGCCACUAUCACUCCACUCGUCCAAUACAUCAAAGAGAAGAAGGCCAACAAAGCCAAGGAAAAGGAGGCUGCUGUAGCUGCCAAAGCUAGUGCAAAGAAAGGACAGGAAGUCAAAGAGAUGAAAGAUGUCAAGGAAAAUAAGGACAGUAAAGCAGCACCGCCUACGAAGCCUGAGAAGGCUAUUGCAGCCAAGAAGGGUGUGGCAACCGAAGUAGACAAAGCUAAGGUGGCCAAAGCAACUCAACAGGCCAUGGAAUCCAUCAAGAAGUCAGUCGCUGAGAUCAAGGGCCAGACCACACCGAAGCAGGAGCCUAAGCCCAUGGAAAAGAAAGAACUUGUAACCAAUCAGCCAACACCGAAAAGAGAGCGUCAAAGAGGUGAUGCCAGUGCUGCAGCACGAAUCAUCGGUCGUGACCUUGGCCUUGUGCCGAAGGAAGGUCGAGCUUCCAGAGGACAACGAGCUGUGACUUCUCCUGCUCCUGCCCCUGUGGCGCCUCUUACUGCCGUUGAUAUUAACCCGUCUACCAAUUCCCCAGCGGCUGCCAAGCCCCCUCCACCACAGCCUGCUCCCAGUAAUGCUACAAAAACAUUGAAUGUUUCACCUCAACCACCUACAGGCCCACGAAAUCUUCGCAAUGCUCCACCUCAGUUACCUGCAUUACAACCUGUAGCGACGCUCCAACCCUCGAAGUCGAAGUCCGUACCGCAACCUUCUCCUGGUGCCAGAUCAGCAUUCCUCAAACAUGCGAAUCCUUCGCAAGGGGUAACUGAGGCUUUGCUGCGUGAGACGUUCUCGGUGUACGGCACAAUUACACGAUGUGAGAUUGACAGGAAGAAAGGGCUAGGCUAUAUUGACUUUACAGAAUCAGAAGCUCUGAAGAAGGCCAUGAGUGCAAGCCCUAUUAAGAUUGGUAACGGCUCAGUUGUGGUACUAGAGAACAGAACACCUUACAAGAAAGUUUCACAACAUGCUACAAGGAGCAAUACCAAUUCGCCGACACCUAACCCAAGCACCCCUUCGUCCCCAAGAGUUGUUCAGGCUUCCUUGUCGAAUAUUGCAGAACAGGCUCAACCUUCAGCCACGAUCGAGCCCACACAGCCACUCGUCCAGUCCGUUGAACCUGACCCUGCUGCUAUCAGAGCCUCAACCUUACCCACGACGAACGCCACUCCCGCUGCAGUGAACAAGGCUCAAAACAAUGUCUUGUCGGAGAAUGCCAGUCAAAGUCCCUCCUCCUCAACGGCGGCGGCACCUCCGUCAGCGCCUCGUGGCAACAAUCGAGCAAACUAUCGAGGUCGAGGUUAUCGUGGUGGUAAAGGAGGACAGUUUCGUGGUGGUAAUCGUGCCGCGAGCUCGCCUAAUCCCAACGCUGCGACUAACACUCCAGCCGCGCCUGCUGCGAACGGCAAGACCUAG